CCCCUUCAGCCCCGCUCGGCCUGCUGUCUCCCGCAGUGGGCCUGUCAAUAAAGGUUGAACAAGGCUGGCUCCGCCGUAGGCCUGUGUUGACGCCGCUGGGGGGGUGCCGAUAAAGUUGCGCGCGCGGCCGCGGCUCUGGCGGGUGGGCGGUGCUUGCUUUGAACAAAACUUUAUUGUUCCACCGUGGUGGUGGCGGCUGCGCGCAGGAUGCGCUAAGGCUUCCCCCGCCCGGCCUCGGCAUGUCAGGCAGCCGGCAGCCGCCGCAGCAGCACCCCCCGGCCGGGCAGGGUGCCGCGGCCUCCGCCGUCACUUCGGCUUCAUCGUCAUCGGCGCCGGGCUCCUGUUCCUCGUCCGCGGGCCUGGGGGGCCCCGCGCGGCCUGUGCUGGUGGCGGCCGCCGUCUCGGGCUCCGGGGCUGCGGCCUCUGGGCUUUCCCGGCUGGCGGGGGCGGCUAGGCCCGGCGGGAGCGGCGGCGGCGGCUCCUCGUCUGGCGGCGGCGGCGGGAGCAGGAAGAGGCCGCUGCUGACCCCGCUCUGCAACGGGCUCCUCAACUCGUACGAGGACAAGAGCAACGACUUCGUGUGCCCCAUCUGUUUUGAUAUGAUUGAAGAAGCAUACAUGACGAAAUGUGGACACAGUUUCUGCUAUAAAUGUAUUCAUCAGAGUCUGGAAGAUAACAACAGAUGCCCCAAAUGUAACUAUGUGGUUGAUAACAUAGACCAUCUUUACCCCAACUUUUUAGUGAAUGAGCUCAUCCUCAAACAGAAGCAAAGAUUUGAGGAAAAGCGAUUCAAACUGGACCAUUCAGUGAGUAGCACCAAUGGACACAGAUGGCAGAUAUUUCAAGACUUAUUGGGAACUGAUCAAGAUAACCUGGACUUGGCCAAUGUUAACUUGAUGUUGGAGCUGCUUGUGCAAAAGAAGAAGCAGUUGGAGGCAGAGUCCCAUGCUGCCCAACUACAGAUCCUUAUGGAAUUCCUCAAGGUUGCCAGGAGAAAUAAAAGAGAGCAACUGGAGCAGAUCCAGAAAGAGCUAAGCGUUCUGGAAGAGGAUAUUAAACGAGUGGAGGAAAUGAGUGGCUUGUAUUCCCCAGUCAGUGAGGAUAGUACGGUGCCUCAAUUCGAAGCCCCCUCGCCUUCAAACAGUAAUAUUAUCGAUUCCACGGAGUACAGCCAGCCUCCAGGAUUCAGUGGCAGUUCUCAGACUAAAAAACAGCCAUGGUAUAACAGCACGUUGGCAUCAAGGCGGAAGAGGCUUACAGCUCAUUUUGAGGACUUGGAGCAGUGCUAUUUUUCCACCAGGAUGACUCGUGUAUCAGAUGACAGCAGAACCACAAGCCAGCUGGAUGAAUUUCAGGAGUGCCUAUCCAAGUUCACUCGCUACAAUUCUGUCCGACCUUUGGCAACACUGUCUUAUGCUAGCGAUCUCUAUAAUGGCUCCAGCAUUGUAUCCAGUAUCGAAUUCGACCGGGACUGUGACUAUUUUGCUAUUGCCGGGGUGACAAAGAAGAUUAAAGUCUACGAGUACGGCACUGUCAUUCAGGACGCAGUGGACAUUCAUUACCCCGAGAAUGAAAUGACCUGUAAUUCCAAAAUCAGCUGUAUCAGCUGGAGUAGCUACCACAAGAACCUGUUAGCCAGCAGUGACUAUGAAGGCACCGUCAUCCUGUGGGAUGGGUUCACAGGACAGAGGUCAAAGGUCUACCAGGAGCAUGAGAAAAGAUGCUGGAGUGUUGAUUUUAACUUGAUGGACCCUAAACUACUGGCUUCAGGCUCUGAUGAUGCAAAAGUGAAGCUGUGGUCUACCAACCUGGAUAAUUCAGUUGCAAGUAUUGAGGCCAAGGCUAAUGUGUGUUGUGUCAAAUUCAGCCCCUCUUCUAGAUACCAUCUGGCUUUUGGCUGUGCAGAUCACUGUGUUCACUACUAUGAUCUUCGCAACACUAAGCAGCCAAUCAUGGUGUUCAAAGGGCAUCGCAAGGCAGUCUCCUAUGCAAAGUUUGUGAGUGGAGAAGAAAUUGUCUCUGCGUCAACAGACAGUCAGCUGAAGCUGUGGAAUGUAGGGAAACCACACUGCCUGCGCUCUUUCAAGGGUCACAUCAAUGAGAAGAAUUUUGUAGGUCUGGCGUCCAACGGAGACUACAUCGCCUGUGGAAGCGAAAAUAACUCCCUCUACCUGUACUACAAGGGCCUCUCAAAGACACUUCUGACUUUUAAAUUUGACACAGUCAAAAGCGUCCUGGACAAGGACCGGAAAGAGGAUGAUACAAAUGAGUUUGUCAGUGCUGUGUGCUGGAGGGCACUGCCAGAUGGGGAAUCCAAUGUGCUCAUCGCUGCUAACAGUCAGGGUACAAUUAAGGUACUGGAGCUGGUAUGAAGUGUUUUCUCUCAAGGCGUGAGGUACUUGGUCCUGCUGACAUGCUACAGCUUUCAUUUGGGAUCCUCAGUGGGGCAAGAAACCGAAACCACCUUGAUAUUCCUCUCCACAGCCAUCAUGUUUGGGGUUUUUUUUCCAUUUACAGACUCUAUAGGACCUUUUGAAACACAGGGAACACCAGUGAACUGUCUGCCAUCAAGGUUAACUCCACGGACUUUGCUGCUGCUUGUAUGGUUGUCUAAUUUUUAUGAUAGGGAAACAAAUUCUUUUAAAUAAAAACAAAUAACAAAAAGGAAUAAUAAAGAUGAUUGAGCCACAAGGUGAAGCUGGAAGAUUCUCUCUUGUUGCAUAUGGGAACAGAUUUACUUGGGAAGGGAGCUAACAGGACCACAGAAGGGCUGUACUAUGGAAUCUCACACUUCUGGGUUACCUUACCUGGGCUUUUCCUCCAUCCCCACAAGGGGGGAAAAAAAAAAUCUCUGAGCCUUACCUGGACAUCGAAGCAGUUUGCUUUGAGAACAUAAGAUGUAUGUGGUUUAGUUGUGUUUUGGUUUUUUAGAUGCAUUCAGUGUUCAUGAAAAUUGCCGGGUUGACAGUUCUGGAGACUGAAGUCCUCCAGAUACAACAGGAAAGUGGCAGCUUCCCCCUCCCCCUGCCAGUAUGCCUCAACCCUGACCUGGAGGGACUGCUUGUAAGGAUGGGGUCAUUCUGUCUCCGUGCCCACAAAAUCCUUGGCGCCUCUGCAGCUUGCCAACAAAACAAGGGUACCAGCUGUGACGUGGACAUCUGUUGACUGCGAACUGGACUGACUCCACUAAACUAUUUCUCAUAGGGCACCAAACUGCUGUUAGCUAAUGACUUCCUGCACUGCUGAAUAGGGCUGGAUUUGAAUCAUUCAGCUAGAGGUGAAAGGCUCCAGAUCCUGUUACCAGUGCCCUGCUGUCUCAUCCACUCUGCCACAUGGCCUGUUGUUUGUCCCCAGUUCAUAUCGUGGGGAAGCCAAGCAUUUUGAAUGUUGUAAUAAGGAGGGAAUUUAAUUGAUUGUAAUGUGUUUCAAAGCCGUGAUACAGGAGCUUUAUUUUUAAUAACCAGGCAUACACUUAAUUGUACAUAAUAUGGAGGGGCGGAAUAAACCAUGAUGCUGAGU